AUGGGUAGAGGUAGUCUACGAAAAGUCACCUAUGAUCAACUUCGUCGAGCUCCUCAGCUUACUGGUAUCAUUCAUGACAUGGUAUCAGAUCAUGUUAUGGCAUCAGAGCCUCUGUGUACCACGGCGAAUAUGACCGCGCAGAACACAGCAACACACCUCUCAUUACUACUCUGCGAGACCCUCCGAGAACUCUGCGAGACUCUCCGAGAAAUCUGCGAGACCCUCCGAGAACUCUCGAGACCCUCCGAGAACUCUGCGAGACCCUCCGAAACUCUCGAGACUCUCCGAGAAAUCUGCGAGACCCUCCGAGAACUCUGCGAGACCCUCCGAGAACUCUGCGAGACCCUCCGAGAAAUCUGCGAGACCCUCCGAGAACUCUGCGAGACCCUUCGAGAACUCUGCGAGACCCUCCGAGAACUCUGCGAGACCCUCCGAGAACUCUGCGAGACUCUCCGAGAACUCUUCCACACCCUCCGAGAACUCUACGUGAAUAUUCAAGAAACUACGAAAUAA